GCAAUAAAGUAAGUCGUUGAGGCAAAUUGAUAUAUUAGCGCCAUCGAUGAUAAGCAGUAAAGCAUCAUCAACCUUGACUCUAAUGCCUUCUACUUUUUGUGUACCUUCCACAUUUACUCAUUAUCCCUCUUCAUCUCCUUUGGUCAGAAACCCUGUUUGCUUUAAAUUCACCUCUAGCAUCAUUAAUGACGGAAUUCCAUCGUCAUAUACUACCAAUCCAACAAGGAGAAUCCCAUCCAUUGUGCUCAAUCUCGUUAAACGUAACCAGGGUGUUGAUAAAAGACCCAACAGAUUGCAGGUAACAAAUCUUGUUGAUAGAAUUAAAGCGUUACCCACCAAAGAAAGAAGUGAAAUUAUCGCAAAAGUGGAACAAGUUAGUAACUCUCUGACAAUAUGUGAAUUCAAUGAUCUGCUCAUGGCUUUCGUCGUAGCAGAAGAACCCGACCUUGCAUUGAAGUUGUUUGCUAAUAUCUCAUCUUACGGUUUAGUGCCCGAUUCUCAGACGUUAUCUAUCAUUAUAAGGUGCUAUUGCAAGAACAAUAAUCUUGAUGAGGCCCAAAGAGUUUUAGAUGAUAUGGUAGAAAAUGGGCUUAAUCCAAAUUUUGCAACCAUAACCAUUUUCAUAAAUUCCCUAUGCAAAAAGGGUAGGUUGCAGAGAGCUUUGAAGGUUUUGGAGGUCAUGGGUAGAAUCGGAUACAAACCCACGGUUCAGAUAUACAAUUGCUUGUUGAAGGGGUUGUGUUAUGUGGGCCGGGUAGAGGAAGCAGUCGAUGUAUUGCUGGAAAUCAAGAAAGGUGAGGUGAAACCUGACAUUUAUACAUACACAGCUGUUAUGGAUGGAUUAUGUAAAGUGGGUCGGUCAGACGAAGCCAUGGAAUUGCUUGUUGAAGCAUUGGAACUGGGUCUGAAACCAGACGUGGUCACUUUUAACACUCUGUUUACUGGGUAUAGCAGGGAGGGAAGGCCAUUGGAGGGCAUUGGAGUUUUGAAGCAGAUGAAGGAGAGGGAUUGCAGGCCUGAUUAUAUAAGUUAUAAGACCUUGCUGCAUGGGCUCUUGAAAUGGGAAAAGGCUCGGGCAGCGGUAAGGGUCUAUAAUGAGAUGGUGGGAAUUGGAUUUAAAGUGGAGGAGAGCACCAUGAACACUCUUGUGAGAGGGCUAUGUAGGACAUCCUGCAGAAAGAAAGGCUUGUUGAAAGACGCCCACCAACUGUUUGAGAAAAUGAAGUGUGAGGGUCUUGUCAUUGACCCAUCUACAUACGAGCUAAUGAUCCAAACUCUUUGCAUUGGAAAGAAAACUGAUGAGGCUAGGAUCAAUUUGAAGGAGAUGAUUGAAAUGGGUUAUUCCCCUGGAAAGGUCACCCUCAACAAUGUAAUUCAAGCACUUUGUGAAGAGGGAAAGGUCAUUGAGGCGUUGCCCAUUUUGGUUCAUGCGAACGAAGAAGGAAGAGUGCCCAGUAGUUUUUCUUACAAUCUUUUGAUCGGUGAGCUUAAUGAACAGGGGAACAAGUUGGGUGCUUGUAACGUAUAUGGUGCAGCAUUAAAGCGAGGCAUGAUUCCCAGUAGGAAGCCACGACAAUGAGGAAAGCAUUGUUUAAGCUCACAGUUCUCAAAUGUCAUUGUCAAAAUUGUUGAUAGAUUACGACUGUUCAAACAAUGGAACUUCUGUAUCAUAAAUUCAUAAAUUUUGUUUCGAUUAAAAUUUUAAUUUGAACAAUGGCUACUGAAACAGUGUAGAUUUUGUACUAUUUUCCAUAUUUAAACAAAUCAAAGUUUCUAUUUU